AUGGCGUGCGCCCGUGCCCAAUUCGCAGCGACGACAGCGACGACGACGACGACGGCCGAUGCUGGUAAGACCAGCGGCGGGCCACGCCACUGGCUCAUGAAGGCGGAGCCAGAUUCGCGCCUGGAAAAGGGAGUCGAUGUGGCCUUCAGCAUCGACCACUUUGAGCGUGCAAAGGACCAGACGACGUCCUGGGACGGCGUGCGCAAUCCCGAGGCGCGCUCGAUGAUGCGCGACCGAAUGCGCAUUGGCGACAAGGUCCUCUUCUACCACAGCAACUGCAAGUUGCCCGGCGUAGCGGGCCUCGCCACCAUCGUCCGGCAGGGAUACCCGGACCACACAGCAUGGGACCCCAAGCACCCGUACUUUGACCCAAAAACGGACAAGGAGAGCCCCAAGUGGUUCAUGGUUGACGUCAAGCUCGACCGGAGGCUCCCCAACCUCGUGCCCCUGGCGCUCCUGCAGCACCUCGCGGCGGCCAAGGCCGCAGAGCAGGACCUCGAGUAUCUCGACAAGCAGGACAUUGAGGCCAUUUCAAAGAUGCAACUCCUCAAUCGUGGCAGACUGAGUGUUCAGUCAGUGGAGCAGAGGGCAUAUGAGGCCAUCCUGCGCCUUGGCGACAAGGGAGGCUGGACUGACUGGCCCGGGAAGUGGAACCCGAAGGGAAAGACAAAGGAAGUCAAGAAGCGGCCAAGCGACUCCAAAGAUGAAGAUCAGAAAGGUCCGAGCAAAGGUGCGAAAGCCGAGAAGGACAAGGAAGCCGAUGGAUCUCGACGGAGCAAGAGGGCCAAGCGGUAA